AUGUCCAACCUCUCAGACGAUACACUGCGCAAGGUGAGCUUCACGCUGGUGACCCCUCUGACCCCGCCCCAGAUCCUGCAGCAGAUCCAGACCCAGGCCGUCACGGCCCAGCGGCAGCACUCGCUCGUGCGCGCUCAGAUCCAGAGCAAGGAGAAGGAGCGCAAGAUCCUCGACUUGACGGUGCGCGAGCUCGCGACGGUGCCCAAGAGCGACGACACGCGCAUGUUCCGUGGUGUGGGCAAGAUGUUCAUCGAGCAGCCGCGCUCAGAAAUCAACGCCCGCCACGAGGCGCAGCAGAAGACGCUCACGACCGACAUUGACGCGCUCACCAAGAAGGCAAAGUACUUUGAGCGCCAGGUCGAGGAGGCCAACGGCCAACUGCGGGACAUUUUCCACAGCCAGAACCGCGAGCGAGCGUAGACGCGCGCACGAAGAUAGAUACCCCCGCUUCGUGUAUACCCCCAUCAACAGCACAUCCUCAGCAUACGUGUCAUGUUCCACCGGACUGGCCGGCUCGCAGUAGCGCAAUGUAUAUAGAUCAGUCAACGGCGGCGGUGCGGCAGGCGUGUGUGGAGUUUGUGCAGCGGUGUGGUUGUCCGGAACAGGUUGUGGCUGCCACAAGUGCUUCGAGCCUCCGCCUCAUUGACCUCUUCCACAACCAGUCUCCGCCGAAUCCUCCCCCACCGACGUCACAUGGAAUGCCAUGCAUCAUG